GACAAGAAAGAGUAGUGUGCGACGCAAACAAGAGCGGCACACUGAGACAGCCGGAAGCGGUGGCCAAAGCUCCCUUUCUGCCGACAGUAGUGCCGAAUGUAUGCAGCAGCAAGAAGAGGUUGACGCGGGCGACGAACCCCACGUGGAGCAAGAGGAGAAGGAGGACACCACCGCCGCCGACGCAGCCGCAGCCCCCGCCGCCCCCACCACCCCCGCCGACAUGGUUUUUGCGGAGCUGCACCAGCUUUUUCUGCAGCAGCGCCAGCAGCACGACGAGACCAGGAGCUUCUCUAUCUACAAAAAAAGAGGUGCAGCAGCAACACCAGCAGCAUCGUCUGGAGAAACAGCGGCAGCAUUAGCAGCAGUCGGAGCAAGAGCGUUUUCUGCAGACGAUGCUGCAGAAAAUGAAGCAGCAGACACAGCUGCGACCGAAGGCGGGGGAGGUUCUGUGGAAAAAGAGAGGAUGGGCCCGCCGGUGGAGCCUCGGCCGCCGCCGGUGGAUAUUCGGGCGCAGCUGGAGAGGGCGAGGGUGGGGUCGUCCAAGCCCAAGCAGAGGAGGCCGCCGCCGGAGAGCACGGGCGGAGCCGGUCAUGCCCAAGCCGAGCCAGCGGACCAGGAGGGGGAGGGCGGAGGGCUGCACGGAGGACACGCUCUCGCGGAGGCCCGCGGCCAGAAGCGUGGUCUACCGGAGAUAUGUUGCCAGGCCGGGCUUUCUUCACCCGUUCGUGCGGAGAAAGAGGGGUGUUCGGCGUCCCCGCUCCCCUCGAGAACAAGGGCGACAGUGACACGAGACCUCGGUGGCAACUGCGCCUGAACGCCGGCCGCGUAUGCUGCAGCGGGGGAAGCACGGGCGGCUACCUAUUUUUUUUUGGGGCCUAGGGGCUGUGCCUGUGGGGGGGUUGAAUGGGGUUUAUGUACAC